GGUAUGGUGAACCUUCAACCGACACUAGUACUGUCAUGGGUGAGCCCAUUUAAAGAAACUUUGACUUGCCGUACUCAGUACGGUGCACACGUGACACAAUAUGUGUGUUUCGAAACUUUGACAAGUUCGCCGCGGCGACAUUCCAAUCUUGUACUACGUAUACACUGACAUCGCAGCCAUCUGGCGACAGUACUGACAGAUCAUCGAUUUAAGGUAAUCAAAUUCACUAUAUAAACUUGAAGGUGCUGCUUUCGGUUCCUCACACUAUGAUCUUUUCUUCAUGGUUCGCCCCACUAUUCACCAUACUGUCGAAGCCAGACAGCAGGCUGCGCACGAGAAACACAAAAGAUACUAUGAAAGGCACAGAGACGUCAUUUUAUUGAGACGUCAUCUCUGUCACACAAACAACACUCCUUCUGUCACAGCCGAGUCUAACAUGGACGACCUAUCAGAUGAUGAGGUUGACUUCGAGGCAAUUAUCACUUUGUCUGAUUGUCUGGGGCUCGUACGUGAUGCAAAGAACAAAGUCCUGGCACUUGUUCCUUCCGGGAUACCUACAACAUAUGUCAAGAGCAUCCUUCGCAAAUACGCUAUGUCGUUACGCACCAGUGUUGCCGGGGACAUUGGGAUAUUCUGGGACGGGCUCAAGCUCGUUGAGCCAUAUUUGUUGUGGGCACAGCAGGGGCAGGAUAAAAAUUUUGACAUGUGUGGCGUAUGCAAUGAAUGGCGUGCUGCUGACGAGGUUUCCAGAUUCAUUGGACAUCUGGUAGCUAUGCUGGAGGAUCUUCACAGACUAGCCAUUUGGGGUGACCUUGACGAGGCUUAUUUACUUGGGGAAACGAUGUACCAGAAGACCUUGGGACUGGAGGCUCCUGGAGUCUAGCCACUUGUUUGUUUUUUUAGAAUAUACAAUACACUUAUUGCCAUGAUCUAAA